AUGGGACUCUCCCGGAAGGAACGGGUCUUCGUAGCCCUCUUGGGGAUCGCAGCAGCCUCGGGCCUCACCAUGCUCCUGCUCAUCCUGGUGAAGGCCACCAACGUCUUCCUGCCUGCAGACACCAAGUUUGGAAUCGUGUUUGAUGCCGGCUCCUCCCACACAUCCCUGUUUGUGUACCAGUGGCCAGCAAACAAGGAGAAGGACACGGGAGUGGUCAGUCAGACCCUGGCUUGCCAGAUAGAAGGCCCUGGGAUCUCUUCCUACGCCUCUGACCCAACACAGGCUGGGGAAAGCCUGAAGAGCUGCCUGGAGGAGGCGCUGGCACUGAUCCCACAGACCCAGCAUCAAGAGACACCCACAUUCUUGGGGGCCACAGCAGGAAUGAGGCUGCUCAGCCAGAAGAACAGCUCUCAGGCAAGAGACAUCCUAGCUGCAGUCUCCCUGACACUAAACAAGUCUCCUGUGGAUUUUUGGGGUGCCGAGAUCCUGGCGGGGCAGGAUGAAGGUGCCUUUGGUUGGAUCACCAUCAACUAUGUCCUGGGGAUGCUCCUCAAGUAUUCCUCUGGACAGUGGAUUCUGCCUGAAGACAGGAUGCUGGUUGGUGCUCUGGACCUGGGUGGAGCCUCCACCCAGAUCAGCUUCGUGCCUCAGGGCCCCAUCCUGAACCAGAGCAACCAGGUUACCUUCCGUCUGUACGGGGCCAACUACAGUGUCUAUACUCACAGCUACCUCUGUUUUGGGCGGGACCAGGUCCUGAUAAGGCUCCUGGCUGAGCUGGCACAGGUUAGACUGAACAGCUCAGAACCCCGGGUCCAACACCCAUGCUACCAUAGCGGCUACCAGGCCACACUGUCACUGGCCCCGGUGUAUGAGUCACCCUGUGUCCACACUACAGAUUCCCUGAACCUCACUCAGAACCUCACGGUUGAAGGGACAGGCAACCCCAGGGACUGUGUGGCGGCCCUCCGAAAUCUCUUCAAUUCCUCCAGCUGUAAGGACCAAGAUUGUGCUUUCAAUGGAGUCUACCAGCCUCCUGUAUAUGGCCAGUUCUAUGCAUUUUCCAACUUCUACUAUACUUUCCACUUCCUGAACCUCACCUCCAGGCAGCCGCUGAACAUUGUCAAUGACACCAUCUGGAAGUUCUGUCAGACACCCUGGGAACUGGUGGAAACCAGCUACCCCGGGCAGGAGCGCUGGUUACGGGACUACUGUGCCUCAGGCCUGUACAUCCUCGUAUUGCUGCUGGAGGGUUACAAAUUCAGCGAGGAGACCUGGCCCAACAUCCAGUUCCAGAAGCAGGCAGGUGGCAUGGACAUUGGCUGGACACUGGGCUACAUGCUGAACCUCACGGGCAUGAUUCCAGCAGAGGCACCCACCCAGUGGCGGGCACAGAGCUACAGCAUCUGGACAGCCGGAGUGGUGUUUGCAGUGCUGACCCUCGUGGCCAUUCUAGGAGCAGCUGCAGUCCAGCUCUUCUGGACCCAGGACUAA